AACUGCGACACCGCCCAACACCAGUAACCUAUACGCCGGAUUUAUGGCUUCGCGAACAACUAUGGACUGCGGCGAUACUCGGAGACUACAUGAAAUACAAGAUGCUGUCUCCUCCGAACUCAUAGACGGCUUGCUUCGCACGCACCCAAACGACAUAAGCAUUAUAUCGGAAUCAUGGACCUUUUGGUGGGCAUGGGCGGCAAGCGGCUCUGUACCUUCAUCCGAAGCGGAAAAAUAUGAGCUGUGCGCGCCCUGGAUACGCUUGCUCAUGUAUUACUGUGAGAAGCUGCGCAUAGCACCGGACGCGGACCAUUUGGGCGAUGAAUUACCAGGAGAACUUAGAGAAUUAAUAGAUAGAGUGUGCCGCCUUUCUCUAGAUAGGACCCCAAUGACGCUACAUGUGCCCAACAUACAGGCAUCCGCCGUUGGAAUGUCCCCCAAGAAGUCACACGAAGUCUUCCGCAUGACUGCGUAUGUCGAAUCCGUCAUUCGCGAUAGCGGGAUAGACCCAUCAGCUGCUUGCAUCGUAGACGUUGGCGCUGGUCAGGGCUAUCUUACGAGAACGCUCCAAGUACACCUUCGCUGUAGAGGCGUCCUUGCAUUGGACGCAGACGACUUGCAGACGGCAGGCGCCAAGAAGUGGGAGAGGAAGCUGGGGAUCGAAGAUUCAGUAACGCACCGGACGAUAUGGAUAACGCCAUCCAAUCUGCUGGAGACCAUCGACGAAUGGAUCAGGGUUAUGCGGCGUAGCGAAGACGAGCCCAUACCCGUCUUCCUCGUCGCCCUGCACGCAUGCGGAUCGCUCACGCCUACCAUUCUGCGCACCUUCGUAGCCGCGAGACGCCGACAUUAUUCCUGUGAAGGUACUAUCCCCACCUGGCGCCCUGCGGGGAUGGUUGCCGUGGGCUGUUGCUACAAUCUCCUGCAGCCUGGAGAUUUUCCCAUGUCCGCUGCCCUCAGUAAUUACCGCAGGAACCAGGCCCCACCGGCACCAGCGCUGCCUGCGUCCGCUUAUCAUCUGGCGACGCAGAUCCCAGGGACGUGGCCUCGCACCUCGGAGGCGCUCGCUGACGCGAUGCUCGCCGUGCGCAAGAUCGUAUGGCGCGCGUUGCUCUCCAGCGAGUACGCUUUGGGCUCCGCGGACGCGCGACCCGCCGAGCAGGGAUCUGGCGAUCAGCGCGGGACUCGGCCUGCAGAUGAGGAGCGACCCUCGGACCUGAGGAAAAGCUGCUUGGGCACCGAGGGCACCGGCAUGAGGCCGGAGAUGCAGCGGCUCGGAAAGCUGAACAAGAGGUUUUACGACAACUGGGAUGAAUUUGUGGCUGCGGCUGCCGCGAAGAUGGGCUUCUCACCUACCCAGGAUCGACGCCCUGGACACGAUCCAGAACAGCGUGCCGCGCGCGAGAGCCAGCUCUCCGUGCUGCACACCCUACGUUGCAUGAUUGGGCCCCUCGUCGAGAGCCUGAUCGUGCUGGACCGCAAGGUGUGGCUGGUGGAGCAGCUGAAUGGGGCGGGCGGCUCUGCGGAUGGGAGCGAUGGCUCUGCGGGGGGUAGCGGGGUGGAAUUGGGGGCGGGAACGAUUGAGGGAGCACAUGCGGGGCAUGAUCCGAUGACGGUGACCAUUGAGAACUUGUUCGAUCAGGCGACGGGGAGUGGGCGGAACAUGUCCAUUACGGCUUUGUGCAGCAAACACUGAGUCAUCGCUUAGCUUGGAUCAGAAGGUUGCUUUGCUAGCGUCUACAGCUUUGCACGGGAAUGAGAGAGGCGGACGCAUAUUGUACGU